AUGCUGUCCUCGCUCCCUCGGUUGGCUGUCGCAUUGGUGGCGUACGCCUCUGUGGCUUUUGCCGCGUUUGGCAUCACUACGCCAUCGUCAGGCAGAUUGCAAGUCGACUCUGGCGCAGGCCUGGUUGUCCAGCUCAACACUGCCAAUGGGGACGUAGUAUCUAUCCUGUACAAUGGCGUCCAGCUUCAGGACUCGAGCAAGUUCACGCAGAUCGCGUCCGGAUUCGGUUCCGCUACUGUCACAUCAAGCGUCUCGAAUAACGUCGCUGUAAUCGCGGCGUCGUCUUCGGCCAUUGGCGGAAACAUCGUGCAGUACUACAUCGUGCGCUCAGGAGUCAACAACCUGUACAUGGCCACUUACGCCGAUGCUGAACCUUCCGUCGGCGAACUUCGCUUGAUUGCACGCUUGAGCAGGUCGGCGGUACCCAAUAGUAUGACUGGGGCAGACAUCAAGGGCGGUACGGCUAUCGAGGGCUCCGAUGUGUUCACUGUCAGUGGACAAACACGCAGCAAGUUCUACUCCAGUAUCCGUCACAUCCAGGACCAGGUUCACGGGGUGACGGGCUCUGGUGUCGGUGUAUACAUGGUCAUCCCUGGAACUGGCUACGAGCGUUCAUCUGGCGGUCCUUUCUUCCGCGACAUCAACAACCAAGGCGGAGACCAACAGGAGCUUUACUUCUACAUGAACUCUGGCCAUGAGCAAACUGAGUCAUACCGCACCGGCCUCUUCGGUCCGUACGCAAUGGUCUUCACGACUGGCUCUACUCCGUCUGGCACCCUCGAUACGUCUUUCAUGGACUCGCUCGGGCUUAAGGGCUACGUCGCGGCCAGCGGACGCGGUAAAGUUUCUGGUUCGUACUCGGGUGUACUCUCUGGUCCGGCUGUGACCGUUGGGUUUGCCAACUCUGCCGCGCAGUACUGGGCGAGCGGCUCUGGGUCUGGUUCUGGCUCAUUCACAUCGCCUGCCAUGAUUCCGGGCACAUAUACCGCAACUCUGUACCAGGGCGAGCUCGCAGUCGCUACCGGUAGCGUCUCUGUCUCCGCCGGCGGCACAGCUAGCCUGACUCUGAAGUCCUCUCUCUCGCAACCUUCGACGAUCUGGGCCAUCGGCACCGUAGAUGGAACGCCCUCCGGCUUCCUCAACGCCGACAAGAUCGAGCACAUGCACCCUUCGGACUCUCGUAUGAGCAGCUGGGGACCAGUCACGUUUACCGUCGGUAGCAGCAGUGCAAGCUCGUUCCCUAUGGCACAGUUCAAGGACAACAACAGUCCCACGACCAUCAAGUGGACCGCGACUAGUAGCCAAAUCGGUGCGCGCACGCUUAGGAUCCGUACUACGGAAGCGUUCGCCGGAGGACGGCCAAGUAUCAACGUGAACAGCUGGUCGUCGUCUAUCCCUUCUGCACCGACCGCGAUUGACUCUCGCGGCGUCACUCGCGGGACAUGGCGCGGGCUGAACCAGGUGUACGACUACGCUAUUCCAUCGGGCACGCUAGUCGCUGGCUCCAACACGAUCACUAUCAAUGUCGUCUCUGGCAGCAGUGGCGAUGACUUCUUGAGCCCGAACUUCGUCUUCGAUUCCGUGGAGUUGUUCUGA